AUGCACUCAAAUGAUAUCAGUGGAGCAGUCGAGAUUGAAACUGCACCAGCAUACCAAGGGGAUGAGGUAGUCCAUGAUGUAAGGAUACUGACGCGGGUAUUUUGGAGCUUUUAUCCUUGCAUCAGAGCAUUUAGGAGCUGCAAGCCAAUCGUACAGGUGGAUGGGACACAUCUGUACGGAAAAUAUAAAGGAGCUCUACUAGUUGCAGUUUCUCAGGAUGGCAAUGGCAAUAUUGUGCCUCUUGCAUUUGCCGUUGUUGAGGGUGAGACUUCUGAUGCAUGGCACUUCUUUCUUACUCAUUUACGCACACAUGUGGUGACUCGAGAUGGUGUUGGGCUUAUCUUUGAUCGUCACGACUCUAUUACCUCAGCAAUAGCUCGUAGUAAUGGAUCAUGGGAACCUCCAAGAGCUAUCCGAAUGUUUUGUGUUAGGCACAUAGCAUCCAACUUUUUGAGGAAUUUCAAGGCACCGUAUUUACAGAAGCUGAUAGUCAAUAUGGGCUAUUGUAGGACUGUGCAUGAAUUUAAUGUGCAGUAUGCAAGAUUGCGUGAACGUGGUGAGGCUUACACGCGAUGGCUUGAUCGAAUCCCACGACAGCAAUUUGCUUUGGCAUUUGAUAGUGGAUACCGUUGGGGUCAUAUGACCACAAACCUAGUGGAGUGCAUCAACGGAGUACUAAAGGGAGCUCGAAAUCUUCCUAUCACGUCACUUGUGAAGGCAACUUUUUAUAGGCUAAAUGAGUUGUUCACUAGGAAGAGGGCUGAGGCUGAGGUUCGAAGGAAUGCAGGACAUGUAUUUUCUGAAUAUGCUAGCAACAAACUGCAAUCAAAUCAGCAAGCAGCAGGAAACAUCCAGGUUAACCUAUUUGACAGGCAAAAUGAGAUCUUUGAGGUACGUGAGAUGCCCAUUGGUAUCGAGUAUGCGGUGAAUCUCCGUCAACGGUAUUGUGAUUGUGGUGAGUUUCAGACAGAUCGAAUCCCAUGUCGCCAUGUCUUUGCGUGUUGUGCGAACCAACGACUUGAUUGGCAACAAUACGUUCAUGAGGUCUAUAGGAUGGAUGAGAUAAGAAAGGUGUAUAGAGCACGGUUUAAGCCAUUAGGAAAUCCAGCAACAUGGCCGGUGUAUCAAGGACCAAGACACAUACCUAAUCCGCACUUAAAGCGGGUUUCCAAAGGGCGUCCCAAAAUAACCCGCUUCUUGAAUGAAAUGGGUAUGCGUGAUAUGCGUGGUCCUAGGCAUUGCAGGCUUUGUGGAGGCGAAGGCCACAGUCGAAGUAGAUGCCCCCAUCGUGCAGGGCCUAGUGCUGGUGGAUCUGCACCUAUGUCUUAG